AUCGUACAAAGCAAAUCAAAGGUUUCGGCUGGUGGUGUCAACAGCCAUGGCGGUGGGAAUCCUUCGACGUGCUGUGUGACGCUGCGACGUGACCGACGGUCUAAAUGGGGCGGGGCUCCUAAACAGAAAUCUAAAUAAAGGAUCGUGCAGAAAUUUUCUCCAAAGUAAGUCACUUUUUCAGGACAAGUUCAAGGUAAAUCUCGUGUGAUGCCGAUUCGCCGAGCAGCAGCGACUCCAACCCAGGAGAAGACCCCCUCCGCUGCAGCAGAGAAAGAACCCGAAGCCUCCUCGGAGGGGUCGCCCUCAGCCAAUGAGGAACAGGCUGCAUCUUCAGCAGCACCAGACAAGGCUGAGGAGGCCAAAGCCACGGGCGAGACGGCGCCCACAGAGAACGGAGAGAAGGCCGAAGGAGCCACGGCGGACAAGGGAGGACAAGGGACAGAGAAGAAAGAUGACAAAUGCAAGGACUGCGCGGCUGGACAGUGUGCAACACACUGCUAUGUUCUCCUACUAAGGUUGAAAGAUGGCUACAAGUACGAGAAAGCCAAAGUCAAGAAGGUGAAAAGGACGAUUCCUGCGUGGGCUAGCGUCACUGGCAGCAAAAAGGUUCCCGUCACCAACUUUGCAGGCACUCAGCACAAAGUGGAUAAUAUCCUAAUCGAAGCUAUUAUGUCUUGUAACGACAGAUCUGGGGUUUCAUACCAGUCUGUCAUGAAAUAUAUUGUGAAAAAAUACCCAGGGAUGGAGCUUGACAAGAAAAAGUUUCUCAUCAAGAAAGCAAUGAAGAAGCAUUUGGAGAAGGGCACCAUCAAACAGCUGAAGGGUAAAGGCCUUUCGGGAACCUUCACCAUUGGGAAGCAGCCCACCUUGUCUAAGAAAGCUGCUCAGAAAACGGAGUCUCUGGGAGAUGCUCUUCCUCUCAUCAUCACUCGGCUCUGUGAGCCCAAAGAGGCCUCCUACAAUCUGAUCAAGAAAUACCUGGAGCAGCACUUCCCCAGCCUCAACAUUGAGAACAAGCCAGAAGUCCUGAAGGCAGCCCUGGUGAAGGCAGUGGAGAAAGGACAGUUGGAGCAAAUCACUGGGAAAGGAGCCAGAGGGACUUUCCAGCUGAAGCGAACUGGUAACCAGGUCCUGUUGAAGGGCGGUGCCUUGGAGGACGCCAUUACAGCUGCCAUCACAGCCAUGAAUGAACCAAAAACCUGCAGCACCACCACUCUACGCAAAUACUUGGUGGAUGCCAACAAAGAUAGAAAGGAGUACCAGUUAGUGGCCAAUCUGAGGAGGACCUUGACCAAGUGUAAAGUACUCGGCUGGAUGGAGCAGAUCACUGGUCACGGUUUCACGGGCACCUACCAGCUCUCGUUCCCUUUCUACCCCAGCCCCACCAUCCUAUACCCAGACAAGUUCAAAAAACCUCAGAAGAUAAACCCUCUGCCUUCAUCCAAGCGAAAGCGGGUGGCUGAAUCUUCUGAUGAGGAGGAGGAGGAGGAAGAAGAAGAGGAAGGGGAAGAGUCUGAGGAGGAAGCUCCCUCACGUAAGAGGAAAUCUCAGAAGAGGCCUCCACCCAAAGCUCGCCGCCCUCCACCAACCAAGAAGUCUCGGAGCGCUAGUCAGUCAAAAGCUAAAGGCAGGGGACGCUCCCUCACAAAGAAGUCUCCAGCCAAGAAAACGGUUUCUUCAGCCAUUCUGUCAGCAAGGAAAAAGCCAACCUCUAAGAAGGAAUCAACACCACCACCAUCUAAAACCACACCUGUCAAGAGAGGAGCUCCUGCAAGAAAGCCCAAAACACCAGCUGUGAAAAAGCUGAGCAAAAAAGGGUCCAAGCGACCCGUGUCCACAGAGUCAUCCACUGAGGAGGCUGCAGUGAAAAAGGAGACGACAAGGAGCGGGUCCAAACGAUCUAAGCCUGAAGAGUCAUCCCACAAAGAGCCUGCAGUUAAAAAGCCAGCCGCCAAAAGUGGGUCCAGGAGGCCCAAGCCUGAAGAGUCAUCAUCUGGAGAACCUGCAGUGAAAAAAGGGGCGAAGAGCAGCAAGCAGUCCACUCGUAAGUCCAAGAGGGGGAAAAACUGAGCCCAGAGAGCACCUUCCACAGACUGGACCGCUCUGCAGCUUUGUUACAGUGCUCUCUUUCUUUAUAUCAUCAUUUUUCUCCCUUUUUAAUGGAGCAGUAGUUUUUUAUUUCUAUUGUAGAAUAAGAACCUUAUCCUACCAGUUAAGUUUACUGUACGAGUUUCUGAAUUUUCUUUUUAAUCGCCAUGUGUAGAAAAGCUCAGUUAGUGUUGCUGUUUAAAACAGAUGUGACCAGCUGCCAGAUCGGGGAAAGCAUAGCAAGAUCCGACAUACUGUAACUAGAGCCAUGUAGUGACUUCCGUUUUUUAUCUCUGUUCCUCAUCCAGUCUUUAGGUGUUGGAAGCACACGUUCCUAAUAUCGAAUAAAGUGAAAUAUCAGUGUUUUUGGAGGGUUAAAAAUGAUGUCCAUUUUAAGUCAAAAUAUAGGUUGAAAAGUUUGAACAGUUACUAAUAAUAUUAAUGUUUUAUAAAACACAGGUUUUAAGGUGGCUACUAUUCCUAUAUUUGGGCUAUGCAGCACUGCAUCAAAAUCUGAAUUUCUAUCCAUAAUGUGUCGUCAGGAAAUUAUUAUUAUUAUCAACAAUGGUAUUUGUUUAUUUAAAACGUGAAAUUGCCUCAAGAAAAGAUUUAGGCCUGCAGGUGACGGGUUGAGGACUUAACAACACUAUUAUGGUAUUCAUUUCAAAACAAACCACACUGGGGGAAAAAGUAUCUUUUCUGAUAUGUGUGUGUAAAAAAAAAAAAAAAAAAAAAAAAAGCAUAUACAUAAAUUGAUUUUAUUGCUUUACAGCUGUUAUUCAGUACCAAACUGUAAGAAAUGUGUUGUGAAUAAGAAAAAGGAGGAUAAUAGCUCAUACAUACCCUGCAUGCAUGUGUUACUUGUGUUUUUUUUCCAAGUCAUUAAUAAAAUGGCUAUAUUUGUAAA